GAUCCAUCCAAAUCGCUCAAAAAAUGUUCAUCAGUCAGCUGGUCAUAAUCUUGGCUAUCGUCUUCAUAUUGCGAUUCUUAUUCGGUCUAAUCAGGCUUUCUUUCAUGAAUGAAAUUCUUUCAUCACUAACCUGGUUGCUCAUCGGCGCACUUGUUGUAUGGAUGUUCUGUCGCGCCACAAACUCUUACCCUCAGGUGGAGAAGAUGGUGGAAAGAUCUGUCAACAGGAUAUGGUUGUUUCUAUUGAAAUCCCCAGUGGGCAGAAAUCUACAUCACCUUGAAGUUGCUCUUUCGAAAGCUUUGUAAACGGCUUCGCUAACGAUCUGGCAAGCCAGCAGAGCUCUCAAGAGACAUCACACUUCCCACACCAUCGUUUUGCUUAUGUUCGAUGUCUGCCGUUGUAAUUUUUCUUCUCUAGUUGAAAGCAAGUUUCUGUCUAGAGACUUUUUUCUCUUUCUUUCUAGUUGUUCUUUCUCACUUAUUUUAUUGCCUUUAUAAAAAAAACUCAUGCAUGUUUGAUUUGAAGGUAAAUAAUCAAUAAAAGUUUCAAUCAUUA